GAUAAGCAAGAAGACACACUUAGGGAGCACAGUGCAGAUAAGGGGCUUGAACCAAGAUUGAACAAGCCACAUCCUUCAAGACAUCAGUUAUGGCCUCAUCCCAACUUCACCUCACUGUCUACCUGUUCUGUUUGGCCAUGGCAGCAAGCAUUAUAUCAUGCGAUCGAUCUCAUAUGGAUUUGGACUCUGCGCUACAAGCAUCUCAUGGCACUGCAGAUGAUGAAGAGAUGCCAGAGAGAUAUUCCCUUCCAGAGCUUCAGUGGUUGCUCAGUAACUCAAACCCAGCAGCCAUACAGUCUGACAGCCCAUCUCUGGGGAUUCUACAGAACAAACUGGACCUAAUGAGGAGAGACAGUGGAGACAAGGAUGACCAGGCAGGCCAACGAAAACCAGGCUGCAAAAACUACUUCUGGAAAUCCAGAACGGCAUGCUAACCACAGGCAACCAACAGGUCCAAACCGGAGGCCUCCACCACAAUCAACAUGCUGCCAAAAAUUUACCCAUUCCCUUUCCUGAAUUCGCACUCAUCAUUCGACAGUCUCCGUCUUUGAAGUGAGCCUGAUUAAUUGUAGCCAUUAUCUGUUAAGAGGGUCCGUGAUCUCUUAUAUGUCUUUCUCUGAAGCAUUGCCUGCUUGCAAUAAACUGAAUAUAGCAUAAA